AUGUCUGGACUUGGAGAUUGUGCGACUCCGCUUUGGCGCAAUCUUAUCAACAGCCAAUGGUUCACAACCUCACCGCUUCCAACCCAAUCCUUCGAAGGUCAAACCAUCAUUGUAACAGGAGCGAAUACUGGACUUGGGAAGCAGGCAGCCAACCACUUUGUUCGGCUCCACGCAGCUAAAGUGAUCAUAGCUAUCCGAAGCCUGAAGAAAGGGGAUGAGGCCAAAGAAUGGAUCGAACAGGAAACUGGACCGGGGUCGUGGAGGUCUGGCAUCUCGACCUCAGUUCGUAUGCACUAUGCAAGCGUCAAGGAUUUCGCUGCGAAAGCCCAAACCCUCGACCGACUGGACGUCCUCCUGGAGAAUGCUGCAGUAUCACCCGCACCGACGGCUGCGAGCUACUCCGUAGCGGAAGAUAACGAGGUGGCAGUCACCGUGAAUGUCGUGUCGACGUUCCUUCUUGACGUCCUCCUUCUCCCCAAGCUCCGAGAGAGUGCAAAGACUUUCGACAUUACGCCGAGGCUCGUGGUUGUGACUUCUGAAGCGCAUUUCGCGACCACUCUCAAGCCCGAAAGGAACCACCCGGACGGGAUAUUCAACUACUUGAACGACAAGUCUACGGCACGGAUGGCGGGCCGGUACGCAGCGACCAAGCUGCUAGAACUCUUCGUUGUCCGCGAGAUGGUUAGAGCGCACGCACCCAUUGGCUACCCGGUUAUCAUCAAUCUGGUGAACCCUGGCUUCUGCCAUUCGGAGUUCCUGAGAGGGCAGGAUAUAAUGGCCGCUAUCUUCAGGUUCUUCCUCCAUGCGCGACCGAUGGUACUCGGCGCAGGGACCCUCGUUGAUGGGCCGGGCAAAGGACAGGAAUCGCACGGCCAGUAUCUCGCCGACAUGCGCGUCGCUCCAAUAUCGCCAUUCGUCUUGUCGAAGGAAGGCCGGGUUACUCAGGAGCGGGUGUGGAAUGAACUGACGGAGAAGUUGGAAGCGAUCCAGCCUGGGAUCAUGAACAAUUUCUGAUCCAUUGCACCAUGUUUCCCGGGAUUUUCUUUUUCGUCACGGCUUCUUGGUCUACGCAACGCUACUUUACUUGUAUGAUAUCAAUAUGCAGCGAUUUUUUAGGAGAACUAUCAAUCAAUGAAUUUCAGUCGGGC